AUGUCUGCCCCUUCCAGUCCUAGUCUGGUCGACUCGGCCGCUCACAUCGGCCAAGCCACUGAGCAGGUGAAUGCCUUCCUAGUGGCGAAUGGCCAACCCCAGCCCUCGUUCGACCGUGAUGCACCUCCUGUAUUCCCUGAAGCGCCGGCAGACAUUCAGGCCGCCCGGCAACAGAUCCUAGAUGCUUGCCAGACGAUAUACGAUGCGCUGGUAGGGCCAGCUGAGUAUCUCCGCUGGCUGGCGUGUAGAGAUAGAAAAGCACCACGACACGUCCAGCCUCCAGUGGCUCUAUCAUUUCAACAUCGCGGCCCCCAUCCCGUUGGACCGAGCCGUUCCGUACAGUGA